GCGCGUCUCGAGUACGCGGUCGUGCUGUCCCGUUCUGGCUUCGCGUUGUCGUUACAUCGUUAUAAUUUACAUUUUAUUAUGUAACGUGUGUGAACGCCGCCGUUCGAGUCGCCCUGUAACGCGGAAACACACGUCCUUAACGUAUCGGAGUUUCGCUUCCGGUGACAACACUAUUUUUUUAUGGUGAUACCUAUUUUUUACCGUAGGGUCCGAAUCCAACGCACGUCAUUCGCCGCCGGCAUAGUCGCCAAUCGUUUUUAGAAUAUUUCGCGUACCCGGAAAUCUGUAAUAUUUAUUUUGAUUGUUUUUCUUUUCGACUUUUUGUUAUUGUCGUCGUGGUCAGACAGGUGGACUUUGAUGUGCUUUAUUAUGCGAGAUAACAACACAACUAUUAUAUAGUAUUAGUCACAAUAACUAAGUGUCGUGUGUCCCAUAAGUAAACACCAAAUGGAAAAUCUAUUCAAAUAUUGAUGAGUUUUCCAAUGGCAUUCCAGUACUAUGUUGUAUCAAAAAUUGUGUUAAAUUAAGAAAAUAAGAAAAACGGUGUCCCUCUCGUUCAUAUUAAUAAUUUUCGAUCAAAUGUUUUCACGGAUAAUAAACUACUAAUGUAGUUAUGUUUAAUAAAUAAUAAUGAAUAGAGUAAACUUUCUAGUAUGAGAAAAAAAAUAAAGUGGUCCAAAAGAAAAGCGAUUUAUUUGUAUUUAAUCGGCUGUGCGGGAAAAGCGUAAAUAUUGUAAAUUUCACAUCGCAUAGGUCUAAUGAUCGCCGUGCAAUGAGCCACUAAAGUAAAAGCGUUUCAAAUCAUAUUUCCCUACACCGCUGUGCAGUGUCUGACAAACAAUCAUUUCGAUAGAUAAUAACGUGCAGUAUUUCUUGUGACAAAAUGGUUCUAGUUGAGCAAUAUCCACCAAUGACGAUCCUAUAUGACCCAACAAUUAGAAAAGAUUCCACAACCAAUGGUGUUGCAUCUCCACAAUUUGCCAACGAACAAGAGCUGUGUCUUAUGUACUUUGAUAAAUGGAGCGAACAGCACCAAAUCGACUUUGUCGAACACCUAUUGGCACGCAUGUGUCAUUACCAACACGGACACAUCGACACAUAUCUAAAACCUAUGUUACAGAGAGAUUUCAUAUCGCUCUUACCCAAAAAAGGCCUAGACCAUGUGGCCGAAAAUAUUUUAUCUUACCUCGACGCUGAAUCUUUAUAUGCUGCAGAGUUGGUAUGUAAAGAAUGGUAUAGAGUUAUUUCAGAAGGUAUGCUUUGGAAAAAGUUAAUUGAACGUAAAGUACGUACAGAUUCAUUAUGGCGAGGACUUGCUGAACGAAGAGGGUGGAUUCAGUACUUGUUCAAACCAAAGCCAGGUGAACACCACCCAGAUCACUUCUCCUACAGGGCCCUGUUUCCUAAAAUUAUACAAGACAUAGAUAGUAUAGAAUCAAAUUGGCGAACAGGCCAUUUUCUAUUACAAAGGAUAAAUUGCCGAUCAGAAAACUCCAAAGGUGUAUACUGUUUACAAUAUGAUGACAAUAAAAUUGUCUCGGGUUUACGUGAUAAUACCAUAAAAAUAUGGGAUAGAAAUACAUUAGAAUGUGUUAAGGUAUUAACUGGCCAUACCGGGUCAGUUUUAUGUUUGCAAUAUGACGACAAAGUGAUCGUGAGUGGUUCCAGCGAUAGUACAGUUCGUGUAUGGAACGUUGUUACUGGUGAAAUGGUCAAUACUCUAAUACACCACUGUGAAGCAGUCUUACAUUUAAGGUUUAGCAACAAUAUGAUGGUCACUUGUUCAAAAGAUCGAUCAAUAGCUGUAUGGGAUAUGUUGACAAAUAGUGAAAUGACUUUGCGUCGUGUCUUGGUUGGUCACCGAGCUGCAGUAAAUGUUGUUGAUUUUGAUGAUAAAUACAUUGUAUCAGCUUCUGGAGACCGUACUAUUAAAGUAUGGAAUACAUCAAGCUGUGAGUUUGUGCGUACCCUUAAUGGUCACAAACGUGGUAUUGCCUGUCUUCAAUAUAGAGAUCGAUUAGUAGUUAGUGGAAGUUCUGAUAAUACCAUCAGGUUAUGGGAUAUUGAAUAUGGAGCUUGUUUGAGAGUACUUGAGGGCCAUGAAGAACUGGUACGAUGCAUUAGAUUCGAUAGUAAAAGAAUUGUUAGUGGCGCAUAUGAUGGGAAAAUCAAAGUAUGGAAUUUAGUAGCAGCUUUAGAUCCCAGAGCACCAGCAUCUACUUUAUGUCUACGUACACUUAUGGAGCACUCGGGACGAGUGUUUCGACUCCAGUUUGACGAGUUCCAAAUAGUCAGCUCUUCACAUGAUGAUACAAUACUUAUUUGGGACUUCCUCAACUAUAAUGAUACUGCAAAUAAUACAGCAGCGGUUGCUACACUUCCAAAUGACACCCUGCCACCCUUACCUCCUGGUAUGUUGGGUUUUGAUUAACCCAAUAGGCCAGUCAUCCGCAAUUGACUGGGUCAGGUUCGUGUAUAAUGAUAUACAGAACUCGUUUUAAAAAUAUCACUAAAAGAUGGUAAAACAAUAUUCUAUCACAUCUUGUUCUCAUUUUAUUUUUAUAUUUAUAUAUAUGUAUAUAUAAUAACAUUAUAUAUUAUGUAUGUAUAAUAUAAUGAAUAACUACAAAAACGCCCAAAAUAACUGUGCCAAUGUUCAGAUGUUCUCUAUUAUUCUUUUAUAUAUAAGUACACGUGAUGUUUCUCAUUUUAAAUACACUAUAUUUAUAUAUGCA